ACGUGACGGUCUGUGCGCGUCACAGCAGCGCCGUGGCUCGCCGGGUAGACUGAAAGCAGGGGCUGACUGACACUGAAUGUAGCAGGCUACUGUAAACAAAGAAUCCAAAACCCCAACAAACUAACAGGGAACAAAUACGCGAGCAGGGCAGCAGAUGGUUAACUGACGGCAGUUUCUCUCAUUCAUUCGCUGAGGGUGUUUUUUUUUUUUUGGUUCUUUUUGUCAGGUUUGAGCGUGCCAAGUAAAGAGAAAGCAAAAAAAAAAAAAAAAAAAACAUGGCUGGUUUAAUGGCAGGCUUUGGUCAUUACACCCACGCGAUCGUCCGGGGAAUCCCUGCGUCCCUGGCCAAAGAGGCGCUCCGGACCAGCCAGGCGGAGGUGGAGGUGGACCUCGCCAAGGCGCGGAGGGAGCACGACGCGUACGUCGAGGUCCUGAGCACGAGGCUGGGGCUGGAGGUGGUCGAGCUCCCCGCGGACGAGGAGCUCCCGGACUGCGUGUUCGUGGAGGACGCGGCGGUGGUGUGCGGUGACACGGCGCUGAUCACCAGACCCGGAGCGGAGAGCAGGAGGAGAGAGGCUGAGACAAUGAAAGGAGCGCUGAAGGAUCUGAAUCUGAACAUUGUGGAAAUGACUGACGAGACCGCCACACUGGAUGGAGGAGACGUGCUGUUUACAGGUCGCGAGUUUUUUGUGGGCCUUUCCAAACGGACCAAUCAGAGAGGAGCAGAGAUCUUAGCUGAUGCCUUCAAGGACUAUGCUGUGUCCACCGUUCCUGUGCUGGAAGGUCUGCACCUGAAAAGCUUCUGCAGUAUGGGGGGACCGGGCCUCAUCGUCAUCGGCUCCAGUGAACAUGCACAGAAAGCUCUCAAAAUCAUGCAGCAGAUGAGCGACCAUCGCUAUGACAAGCUGACUGUGCCCGAUGACCUCGCUGCCAACUGCAUCUACAUGAACCUCCCCGAUAAAGGCCACGUGCUUCUGCACUGCACAACAGAGGAGUUUCCGGAGAGUGCCAAGGUGUUUGAGAAGUUGAAGGACCACAUGUUGAUCCCCGUUUCCAACAUGGAGAAGGCGAAAGUGGACGGAGCCCUCACUUGCUGCUCUGUGCUCAUCAACAAGAAGGCCAACAUCUGAGCACGCUCACCAGGGGGUCUCUCAGUGUAACGGUAACCGAGCGGACCCUGAAUCCAACCACCAAGGACCCCAGUCAUAAGGAUAUUAGAUAAGGGAGUUAAUUUACAUUUAAAGGUCUUAAAAACUGUGUGAAUAGUUAGUUUGACAAAAAAAAAGGCAGAUCAUCUUAGGUUAGUGUUGUCACUGUAGGAAUUAAAAAAAAGUGAUUCUUGAUUUGGAUUUAUAACAUUUUCAUAAAAAGACAAUUAUGAGGUAAUAGUCCGGGCUUUCAGGAUGCAUAAUGGAUAAUCAUUUCUGUUAAAGGGUUUGCUACUUAAAAAUGAGUGUACCACUAAAAUACAAAUCUAAUUAACGUCGAAUGUGAAAAAGGGAAAGUUUGAUCUAAGAUCAGAAGAGGAGGAGACCAUGUGCCAUUGGGUAACCCCCAAUUCCCAGACCCAACCCUGAACUUGUGGUGCCCCCGUUCUGUGUGUAGAUCCAUGCUUAUUGCUCCAUGUAUUACAAAAAGAACCACAAACAACAGAGCACUGGACCAGACAAACCACAUGGAUCUGAGAUAUAUAGCCCCCCCCCCCUCCAAUCAAACAAGUACCAACCUGGUAGGUUAAUGAAUUAGAUAACUAAUACAGACGACGUAUACAGUCGGUUUAUACUGUUUAUAUGCAUAGUUUUAACUGUCGUUAUAUUUAGUGUGUAUUUGGUUAAAUUAUCCAAAUGGUACUCGUUGGUAAUGUGAUUUUCAAGAACUGUAUUUUGAAGCUGAAUGAGAUAAUCCUCCGACUGCUGUAACCUGAAAACCUCAAUGAUUCUUUAAAACGUGUGUGUUAAAUUGCUGACUAUAUAUGUCAUGACCAUACAGUAUGUUCAAACUACCAGCUCAGCAUUGUGUCAUUCUGAAUGUGCAUGGCCUCACUGUCUAGCAAAUACAGUUCUUGAAAUGACUUCUAAAGGGGGCUUUUGGUAUUGAUGCAGCGCAGCGGGGGUGUCAUUGUGAUUUUUUUUCUUUUAUGAUUUUGUGAUUGGUAUUGAAAGUAUCGCCAAUGAGACCUGAGGUGCUCUCGCUUUUCAUGACCAUUACUUGUCAUUGCUGUUGAUUGUAACGGCAUUGGAGACGCCGCCAGCCGGAGACGCUAGCUGUAACUCAUGCACCAAAUUGCUUGUUUGAAAAGUCUUCUGCGAUUCGGUAUAAUAUUCACUUUGUAAGUAAUGGUGCCAUUUAGAGGGCGUCACAAAGUAUAUCUAUCCUUUCAUUCUCAUAUGGUCACUCCUGGCUCCACAAAGCCAACAUUGAAAUGGCCAAAGUGCUAAUUUGUGCUAAUUCAAAAGGGGCGUUUAAACAAUGGCCGACACGACGGUGGCUGUGUAUCUAAGCUCUACUUUGUUCCAGUGUUAAACCUCUUUUCCUUGAAUUCCUAAUGCCUUUAUUGAAAUUCUGUUGCCCUAACUCCUGUUAAACUAAUCAGAAGGCCUUGUAGUUUCACACCAUUGCUUCUGCCCUGUGUUGUUGGCUCUUUUUUUUAUUUUCCUCUCUGGCAGCUUUUACUCCAAAACUGCCCGUGAAGAGCACGCUGUGAAUCUGAUGCCUGCUCCUCUAAAUCCAAUCCCGGCAAAUGUGACUGCAGCGAGAGUUUGCACUCAGCAUGCACAACAAGCUUACUGCCCCCGUCUGCUGUGUUUCCAUGCGUGUUCACAAUCCUCUCUGCCAGCAGGAGUUUGAAAAGGAAGUCGAUGUGCUUUUGUGUUUUUUUUAAUGGCCUUUAAUUCUAUUGUCGCCGAGGGCUGUGUGCGCACUUAACGUGUAAAAUGAUUUGAAACGGUGCAUGCUGGAGCCCAUCACUUCUUGAAACCAUGCUGUGUCUCAGUGUGAUUGUGAGUGAAAGUUGAGGAAAUGACAUCAGGAGGUGAUUCAGCCUCCCUCUGCAGACGUUUGUGUGUGUAUGGACAAGCGGGCAGUGGUGAUGAAACACGGAAAGAAUUCCUGCUGGGAGGAGAGGCUUGUACACCAGUAAACACUGACUCUCUUAAAACUUUCUCUGUCUGACGCUCUCUCUCUUUCUCUCCCUCUCUCUCUCUCCCACCCUCUGAUAUUGCCUCAUACUCAAUCUGGGCAAAUUUAUGGCCAUGAUAUCAUACAGUCUGGCAGACACACUGUAGAUGUGAUGGCCAUGCCGUUAAAGUGUGACAGUAGCAGUAUAUUUUACAGGAGGCGUUUGGCCGGGUGCAGGGUGAUAACAUAGUUUGCAGAGCGUCCAGUUCCAGAAACCUCAGCCACGAGAGGCCACGCCGUACAGCGUCAAAAAAAAAGUGGAUCUUGGGCUUUUAAUUUUUAUACUUCAGCCCCAAAUCACCUCUAUGCUGUACAGCUCCCAUGAUUUAAAGUCAGAGUAACAUUUCAUACAUUUUUUGGCUGCUGCUGGCUAGGCUGAAUGUAACCGCUCCUGAACACGUGUGCCGACAUCGUUGAUCCUCUGAGUAAUCUCCAACACUCAUCCCGUCAGUCGUUAAUGUUUCCUUUUACCUUUUGUUCCAACUCAGGUCUCUUGUUUUUUUUUUUCCAAACAAAUUGUGAGUAAUAAUGAUUUGAGUCAUUUGAAAUUGAGCCUUCUGUUUACUUUGUGAAAUAAAUUAACAUCUAGCAUUGAA